GACACGAAGAGAAGGAGAAUGAUUUCACGUUACAACAGGCGACCUGUACCACACAAACUAGAAAUCCGUGGUCUGUCUCGCAGUAGCCUAGACCACCACCCUCUGCCGGAGGAAGCAGACCAACAAGAUCAGAGCCCCCUUGAUGAUGUGGAAGAGGCCGGGUCCAUCUGCAAGAAUUCUGAGACAUUUGGUGCUUCGAGCCCCUCCAACUGCCCUACGGUUAUCUCUGUGGAAUCAAGCCGGUCCUGGUCAGGCAUCCACAGCUCCACAGGCACAGGCGUGUCCACAGAGAGGAGUUCUGUCUUCUCCUGGGGCUAUGAUGAGUUUGACAAAGCGGCUUCGCACCAAGUACAGCAAAUGUUUGAGGAAAUUGACAAAGAGCUGUACGAGGGUAAAGGCAGCGGUCGUGGGCUCCUUCCGGGUCUGCAGGAUGAGUGUCAACAGUGGGCCACACGUUUCCCUCAUCUCCGGAUCUUGGGAACUCAGUUGGUGUGCCCCAGUGAUGAGGGUUUCCAGUGGUACAUGACUGCGGGAACUGUCGGGGAUGUCAUCAGCGGCUCCAUUUGCAGCCCCUCAACAUCCCAGCGAUCCAUCGGGAAGUCAAGUGAGAAAGAUGACAAUAUGGCUUUGAACGUGCUGGGCCGGAGCGCUGCACUACUCAAGUCCAACUCAGCAGAGCUAAACGAGCCUUCAGCUGCCUCAAGUGACUCCAGACCAAGAGUAAUUGAAGUAGAGGGUGACGUGGAGGAGUACCUGGCCUUUGACAGCAUCAGCUUGGAGGACAAACAGGACAGGGCUUGCCCAGAGCCAUGCCCCAGGCGUCGCUGCAUGCCUCCCAUCUCGCCAUACAGGUGUCGCCGUCAGGCUGUGCUCGAUCAUUUGUUCGACGACAUGUGGCGGCAGCUGGUGGGAUGCAUGAGCGAGCUCGUCCACCGGCAGUGGGAACAUUGCACCUCCUGUGAUGAAAGGCCUUCCUCGAAUUUGAGUCUAGUGCCGCCGAACUCUUUAAACUUGUUGUCCGCACUUCCGAACAUGCUGCCCAAACUCGGCCAGAGUCGUGCACUACCCCCGCCUCCACUCGUCCCUGGCUUGCCCUUUCAGCACACAAAGUCAAGGGGCUCAAAGCACAAGUCCCGCCGGAAGCCCCAAAAGCAGAAAAGGCCACCCAGUGCCGGAAAGGUUUCAAUGGGAAGCACCCAGCACAACCUGAAUGACCUCAUCAUGAUCCAUAGCAUCCCGCUGCAACAGAGGAAUCUGGCUGCGCUGCACAGAACUCACGCGCCAGAGCAGGAAUCCCUCAGACCGGGCUCUGGCAUGGGACCUACAAGCAGGCACCGCCCUCGCCGGAUCCUGGAGCAGAGCUCGUCAUCACUGAGCCGCCCACCCCAGUCAGCCCGCCGCAGAAACCUGGCGCCCCGCACCCUCCAGCCUCUCAAUCCUAGCCUGGGUCAAUCCAGCAUGGCCGGAUCUAUGGAUGAGGUCAUCCGAGGUACACGACUACCCACGGCCAGCGACCGCCUGAUGUCUCCAUUGUUUGCACUGAGUAGGAAUAUGCUUCUGCCACCCAUUGGUGCCGGAGACACAGAGUUGUCCCUGUCAGGACAGCAGUCCAGAGCUGCUCAGCGCCAGAAGGGAUCAUCUAGCCGAGCGCACAGUGCCCUAAAUGAUGAGGUUGUCACUUCCAUUCCAAGGGAUCGCCUUUACCCCCUGGAUGUUUUCUCACGGCCCAACACAACACACACAUACAGGUCAGACACUCCUUACCGGCGCUCUUUCACCGUGAUGGACAACAUCGGACAGGGGAGGCAUGGCAGGGCCUCUGUAACCACAGACUCCCUUGGCAUCGGCGUGACAGGUGUUAGCCUUGGCAUCGGCAGCUCGUCUUUCCUUGACUCGUCUUCCCACCACCCGUCUAGUCGCUGGCCAAUCAGGGACAAGGAUGAGGAAACAGACUUUCAAAGCACACAACCAGUUCCAUUGAUGCCUGUGUCCAUCCCACCUCGAUCUCACAGCCGCGGAGGCGUCUCAUACAGGUCCAGCAGAACAGGACUGUAG